UUCUUCAGUUUGUUUUGGUCGAUCUUAUCGAUUAGAUCGAUCUUGAUUUGAACAUUUAUAUUUUACAUGAAAUUUGAUCCUUUUUUCGAUUGACAAGCGACUUAUCAUUUUGUUAUCAACUUCAGUCAUUUUAAUUGAAAUAAAAAAAUACAAUUCUUCGCAAGAAUGUUCAAUCAAAUCUUGGUGUUCGUUAUCUUGUUUGUUGGUGUUUAUUCAUUCAAAUUUCCUGCAUCGAUACAACAAUGCAAAUUUGGUGAUACGGACUGUUUGCGCGAUGUAAUGACGAAUGUCAUUCAAACACAAACAUCAGGAAACGAAGAAUUCGCUUUGAUGCCCCUCGAUCCAUUGAAGUUAGACAAGUUGUCAAUCUUGCAAAAUCAAAACAGCCCAGUCAGUAUUCGUUUGAGUCUGUUUAACGUUACACUGACUGGCAUCAAAGAUAUUGUGAUCACAAAAGUUGUUGGUUUUGAAGAAAUACCAAUGAAAUCGAAAUUUGAAGUCACCGGCAAAACAAAGCGAUUGACUAUUUUCGGAAAGUAUAUACUCAGCGGAAAAAUUUUAUUUCUGCCAGUCACUGGAAAUGGAAAUGCCAAUUUCACUUUCGAAAAUGUCAACAUCGAUAUUAAAGUUAUUCCACAAACGGAGAUGAGAGAUGGAAAGGAAUAUGCGCCUAUAAAAAAUGUGAUAGUCAAGUUUUCGACAACCAAAUUUACACCACAUUUUACAAAUCUAUUGGUAAAAAAUGAAGGGAUCAGCAACAGUUUGAACGCACUGAUGCAAGACAACUCGUAUGAACUCUUCAAAGAAUUGAAAGUGCCGAUCGAAAAUGCAGUAUCUGAAGUUGUGAGAACAGUGCUCUCCGGGCCAUUUGGAAAAUUUGCUUAUCGUGAUUUAUUCCUUCCAUAGUGAUAAUAACGAUGUUAUGUUGUUUGAUCUUGUUAUCUUUUUCUUCUUGGAAAUAAAAUCACUUGA